CUGCUGUCAAGGCUCUUCGGAUACUUCCUUUUCUCAUGUAAACAGCUGCUCGGGUUCAGUUGUCACGUGUGCUGCCUCUACUGUCAGCUGACCUCCGCGGAAAGUCAUGCGCAAUAACGUCAUCGUGGAUCGAUUGCUUUUCCCUGGACCCAGCUCUAGAAUGCGACACGCUAAUUGGCUGAGACUAACACCGUCGAUUUGUAUACAGUUUAGCAGUUAGCGCUCAUGCUAACUGUAGCUGAUUGGUUCCAUUGUCGCAGAUAGAGAUCUGCUAAAGGCGCGCUGCUGUACGCUAACGGCUGCCUCUUAGCUUUCCUGCCGAAGUCACCGCGAAAGGUCCCGUUUAUUAUGGCGUUUUCUAAAACAUGGAAGCAGUGUUGAGCCUCGUGUCGUUAACUGUCACGAAGGUUUUACAGUUCUCCGGACAGACGGACAACUGGAAUGCCCCGAGGGUCAAAAAGAUGGAGGAGAAAGCGUUAGAAGUGUACGAUGUGAUCAAAUCGAUCCGUGACCCAGAGAAGCCCAACACCCUGGAGGAGCUGGAGGUGGUGACGGAGAAGUGCGUGGAGGUGCAGGAGCUCGGAGAAGACGAGUACCUCAUCAUCAUCAGGUUCUCCCCCACCGUCCCCCACUGCUCCCUGGCUACGCUGAUCGGCCUGUGCUUACAAGUCAAGCUCCAGCGAUGUUUGCCAUUUAAACACAAGACGUUUGAACUUCCAAACUCAGACGUGACAAAACAAAUCGAACGUUCCCACAGAGAACAAAAGGAAGCGGAGGAGUCGAAGCUUCCUGGACAGACACAGCUGUUCUCUCAUUAACACAUCAAUGAGCGGCACUCGGAGAAACGGAGGCAGGAAUACCGCUGUCGACGAACCCUCCGCUGGCCUUGGCAGCUCGUUAGCGGCUUAUUCACGAGCUCGUUGGAGAGGUUUCAGCAUCAGAGAUCGAGGAGUUCUUGGACUGCUAUCAGACAGACAGGAGAGGGUGCAGGCAGGUGGAGAGCUGCAGGCUUCAUCAUUAAAGCUGCUUUACAAACGA